GCCAAGCACGCCAUCGCUUAUCGGACGUGUGCCUGCCCGGCUCUUCUAGGCCAGAGGGCACUAGGUCAAACUUGCCACUUCCAUUCUUCUUCUUUUAUUUCAAAGGAUUUCUCAGCUGAUAUGACCGCCGAAUUACCU